CUCUGCUUGCUGCUGGACUCAAGCAUGAUCUGUUGGACAUAGAAGUAGAGUCUGCCCUCAAAGUGGAAUGCAAUCUGGAAAAACUGAAGAGCACAAAUCACCAAUGUGGUAUUCCAUGAUUAGCAGUCAAGUCUUGCUAGAGAAGAAGCCUCGGUUCUUUCACGAAUUCCCAGUACAGGUUCAAAAGCUCUGGAACAAAUGGGAGCUCCGAUUGGUGGUUCUACUCAGCCUCUUCUUUCAAAUCCUCCUUAUAUCGUUGGGCGACCGCAGAAGGAACAUCAAUAAAAAUUGGGUACAAAUCAUUCUAUGGCUUACUUACUUGUGUGCGGACUGGGUUGCAGCUGUUGCCCUCGGCAUCCUCUCCCACAGUAUAGAUGGCCAACUAAAAACCAACGAACUCACAGCCUUCUGGGCUCCAUUUCUUCUAUUACACCUCGGCGGUCCAGACAACAUCACUGCCUUCGCCUUAGAAGAUAAUGAGUUGUGGUUGAGACACUUACUUGGGCUUGGCGUCCAAGGCAGCAUUGCAUCUUAUGUCUCCAUCAGGUCCUGGACGGGUACUGGGGUCUCAUUUCUUUCACUUCUCAUGUAUGUUCCUGCAAUUGUCAAAUAUGGGGAGAGGACAUGGGUUCUCAGUUCCGCAAGCAAGGAGCGGUUGAGAGACUCUAUGCUUCGUCCCCCUGAUCCGGGCCCAAGUUAUGCCAAAUUCAUGGAUGAAUACAGCUCUAAGGAGGAGGAAGGAUUUCAGGUGACCAUAGGAAGUAUUGAAGAAGAAAGUCUACAAUCCCGUCGUUACAGUACCCAUAACACUAGUGGCCUCAAUGAUGGUGAUGCUGAGGAUUUGGUUAAAGCACAUUACUUCUUUGAGAUAUUCAAGCGUCUGUUCGCUUUUCUCAUUCUCAGCUAUGAGGAUUGGGAAGAAAGCAAAUUAUUCUUCCAAAAAAUUUCUUACCAAAAGGCUUUCAAUUUGAUCGAUAUUGAACUUGGAUUCAUGUUCGAUGUACUUUACACCAAGGCAGCUGUGGUUUAUUCUAUGAUAGGCUGUAUUCUAAGGACAAUCAGUUCGUCCUUCACAUUCAUUGUGUUUAUUGUGUUCUUGAAAGUUGACAAGGGAGAGCAUCCACCCACCGAUAUAAUCAUAACUUACCUAUUGCUUGCUCUGGCCAUCAUCCUUGAGAUUUAUGGGGCCAUCGUUCUAAUUACGUCGGAUUUGGUGUUCCUCUGGCUAAGAGAGCGAAGAUGCCCCCUUGCUGGCCUCGCUAGACGACUUUGGAAAUGCCGGAGGCAGCGGCGCACAAGUACAAGGUGGUCUAAUUCCAUGGCACAAUACAGUCUAUUAAGGGUUUGGCUCAAAGAUGACCCUGCAAGAUUAGAUGAGAACCUUAGGAAGUUGUUGGGCAUUGAAAAAAUGCUAAGGAAGUACUGUUAUACAACCUAUAGGCAAGUCCCUAAAGAGUUGAAAGAAUUUAUCUUCCAACAGCUCUGUAGAAAAUCAGACAAGGCCAUCAAUUUCAAGGAAGCAAAGUGCCAAUGCGCAAGUAGAGGUGGUGAGGUACUUCAACGAGGACAGUACAGUGAUCUCCAUGGUUUGCUUGGGUGGAGUAUAGAUGAUGUAGAAUAUGACCAAAGCAUUCUUAUUUGGCACAUUGCUACAGAACUCUGCUAUCAGUCUGAUGGUAUUGGUCAAAAACACAAAGAAGGAAACAUAAGCAAGGUAUUGUCAGAUUAUAUGUUGUAUCUUCUACUAGUGUGCCCUUUUAUGUUGCCUGAAGGGAUUGGAGAGGUCAGGUAUCUAGAUACCGAGGCAGAAGCCAUGCAUUUCUUCCAAGAGAAAACAUCAAAUCUCAAGACCAAACGCCGACCUCUUGAUUUGUUGCUGCAAGUGAAGACUGAUAUUCCACCUAUUGAAGUGAAAGGUCCCAAAAGCAAGUCUGUCCUAUUUGAUGCAUGUAGGCUUGCAAAUCAGUUAAAAGAAUUGGAAAGGAAUAAGAGAUGGGAGAUAAUUAGUGUGUUGUGGGUGGAGAUGCUAUCAUUUGCUGCAGCUCAGUGCAAAGGGCAAAAUCAUGCUAAACAACUCGGACAAGGUGGAGAACUUCUCACUCAUGUGUGGCUUCUAAUGGCACAUCUCGGUAUAACAGAACAAUUCGAAAUGCAGACAGUUGCAAGUAAGUUGAUUUGCAGAUGAUAAAGAAUAGCUUGGCAAUUAUCUCUUCACAUAUGAUGUAGGGAUCGAUCAGGAUCUACACUCAGAACUAUCGGGCUUAGGCUACUUUUAGUCUGAUAAAGGAUUCUCCUCAUUUAACUUUUAUAUGUCAGCUAGCUGUGUUAUUGUUCCUACCAAAUGAGAAUUGAGGAUCUUUUAGUGUCUAGUGUGUGUAAUAUAUUUCUCAAGUAAAUAAAAUAUGUGCUUUGUUCAGGGGAAAAAAUA